GGCCGAUACUGCAAAUGAUAGUAUCGUUCCGAAACCAAGGAUAUCAAUGCCCAGUAUUACCGAUAUUCACUAUAGUAUUUUUCAAACACAGGACAAAUAAGUAUUUCGAUUUAACAAUAUAUCAAUACAAUCAUCGAACCGAUACUGAUACUACCCUAGGUAUUGCUAUUUGAGUCGAUCCGCCCACUCCGGCUGCACACAACGACGCGGAGAAGGCGCAAAUCUCUGCCCGAAGAGAAGACACCGACUCACAAGUGAUGUCAGAGUCUUUGAGUCGAUCUUCCUCCGUCUCGGCCAUCUCUCUGCUUGAGGUCAAAGUUGAGAGUCGUCUGGUCCUCCAAGCUUUCCUCAAUCGAACACUUUCUAUCCCGUUUGUAGAGAGGCCUGGCAGGAUCGGAGGAGGCUACAAGGAUCACAGCAAGUACAGUGCUACUGUCAAACCAGAACCAAAAGUUAAAGAUGGGUUGGAUUCUGAGGCUGAAGAUCAGAGUUCAGCAGAUGAGAAGAAGACUGGAUUUAAGGACUUCCUAAAGCAGCUACCUCGACGUAAUGCUGCACGCUCUUCUGCCAAAGAUGGGAAAGGUUCUUUGGAAAAGGACGGGAAGAUUAAACCACCUCAUGUCAAAGAGCUGUCAGAAGAAGAUGCCUUAUCUCCUUCCUCUACAUCGGAAGAUGACGAGAGUGAGAAGAAACAGAACAAGAGGCUGAACAAAAAGAAGAUCAAGAAAAGGAUUUCCAAGUUUUUCAAGUUAAAGAUAGAAAAGGAGAAGGAGAAAGAGAAGGAAAAGGAGGCACAAGGAUCCAAGCCUCAGAGGCCAUCCAUACUCGAACUUGGCAAAACAGCAGAACCACUACCAGAACUUGUUUCUCCUCAUCACCCUCCGGAGUUCUACAAUGAAGUUGCACAGAAGCUGGAAAAGAUUGCCCAAAGAUCUACCAGCACGAAAAGGACGAGUCCCACUCCUCCUUCCUCAGAUGUGUGUGACAAAGAGCUGGUGGUGCAGCAGCUGGUUCAAGUGCUGUCUGUUGAAGCUGAUUCUAUAAACAAUAAGAUCCAACUGGACCCCUUUCUUCGCACCAGUUUGUCUCGUCUUUCGUAUGCAUCCUUUGCCAGACUUCUGGACACGGUUAGCAGCACUCAGGUAUUACAAGCCCCAACGCUCCUUCCAACUGCUAGCCCAACUUUGCGGCGCAUGGCUGUGACUAUGGAGGUGUCAAGGCGUAUCGUGACAGCCACCGGCACCCAGCGCAUGCAAGCGCACGCAGAGUGCUACAUGGAAACGUUUGCCCCCUGGGUUAAGCGUCACGGAGGAUGGGAAAAUGUGGCAGAAAUGAAGGAUCCUGCGGAGUGUGACUGAGUUCUCCCAUAGGAGCUUGGGUUUUGUUUUUGUUUUUUUUACAACUGAUGAUUGACAGUUUCUGAGUGAAGAAUGAUGGCUGGAUCUGCAGAUGGACAGUUGCUUUUACUGUGAAUGUAUACUGUAUCUCAAUUCUUAACAGUCAAUGCUAGACAGAAGUGAAGAUGGUCAAUGAAGCCUGGAUUUUCACAGUUGAUGGUACACUCUUCAUCUACUUACUGGCCAGAACACAUCAUUGCUAAGUGCAAAAUGCUAAAAGUGGUAAAUACUACCUCCGUCAAAUGCUUAGGGAUGAAAGUUGAAUCCAGUAUUUUCUCUCGCCAGAUUCUAUGCAAAAUGUUUUUAAAGCAGGGGUUUAGUGGUCACAGUAUCAAUUACUGUACAGAACUCUAGUUUUAACAGAAUGCUGAGCUUGAAGUUUUUUGAUAACUGUAUGUCAGAUGUUUUUUUUUUAUCCUGUGGUUUACAGUAUUUCUGAAAAUGUCCCAAGUUGUAACAUGUAACAUAUUUAAUGUGUACAGUGUGUGUAGUUGAACAAAUGUAAUGAAAUGAUUCAAUCCGUGUUUAUAGUUCAAAUGUAGAAAUGUUUUAUAUGCUUAUUGCAAGUUUAUAAACUUUGCAGGGCAAUAAGAUUUACAAUACGGGAUUGAAUCAUUUUGAGUGCUAUUCUAGCACAUUGAGUGCUGUUUUUUUUUAAAGGAAAACACAUUUUUGUUAUUUGCUCGUGGUGUUUUGCCAUGAC